CAGAAGGGAGUCCCCACUUGGAACGGUGCUUUUUUGACCCAGUUCUGCAAAAUAACCCCACACCUCCCUGCAAAAAAAAAAAGAGAAAAGCCCUGCCGAUGGAGGAGAGGGAUGCCAGUUCUGACUGAAGCGCAGCUGGGAGAAGUUCCUCUCCAGAGUUUUGCCAAGGAUAAAGCCACGGAGACCUGCAGGCUGGCUUUCCAGAGCCACCUGGAGAGGGGUGCCGCUGAUGCCUGGAGAUCCCGGGGCCUGUCCUGGAAGGGUGGCUCUGCUGCUGCUAGCAGCUCCCGGAGGUGUGAGCGGCUUGCUCUGCGGAGAAAUAUUGGCCAGAGCCCCUCUCCGAGAAUGGCUUUGGUCAGACUUGGCAGCCCCACACUCUCGCCCAUUGUCCCAGAGAGAAUCACAUGCAAGAUUAUGACCCGCUUUCUGCAGCUGGGAGCUGGGCCUGGGCGUGGGGCCAGCAGGAGAGCGCUGCCGCUUUAAGAGACCCCCGGCCGGAGGCCACAGGGCUGUGUGCACUGGGCACUCGGAGUGCAGAGCUUCAGAGCAGUGGCGGCAGGAGCCCAGAGAGGGAGGCAGGCGACUAGCAGGGCAGGGGAGGGAAGCCACAGGCCCAGACGGGGCAAGGGACCGGAAAGGAGGAGAGAGCAGGGCAGAGGAGGGGGCACCAGCUGGAACAGAGGAGGCCCGGAUGGCAGCCCCCUGGGAAAAGCCAGCCAGGGUGGGCAUGGGGUCCCCCUCACCUCGCUGGGCCAUCGGCUCCCCAGGCUGGCUGGCUAGCCAGUUCUGCCUCUCUGCGGCCCUCUUCUUGGUCGAGGUGGCUGCCAGCCGGACCACGGGGUCCUUGCUCCUGCUGACUUGCUCCUUCCACACCCUGGGAGGCACGCUGGCCCUGGCCGUGGCCCUGGCCGAGGUCUGGCUGGACGCUGGGGGCUGCCCCACUGGGAGGAGGAACACCUUUGGGUGGGCCAGAGCCCGCGUGGCUGGUACCUUGGCCAGUGCUGUGCUGCUGAGCGCCUUGUGCCUGGCCCUCAUCCCUGAGGCACUGCGCAGAGUAGCAGCUCCGCAAGUCACAGAGCAUGCGCUGGCGUUGAUGGGGAUUGGAGCCGUGGGCAUCCCUGUUCACCUGGCCGGAGCAGGCCUGCCCGAGAGGCACCGCCAAGACCCAGGGAGGCAGCCCUGCUGCUGCUGCUGCAGGAAGAGGAGGAGGGCUACGCAAGCAGGCGGCAGCUCUUCCCAUGAGAUGGAAGAUCUGCUGGGAGACGGAUCCUCAGCAAACGAGCAGGCCUGGACAGACGGCGACAGAGAGGUCGGCCCCACGCUGUCUGUGGAGAAACCUGGUCGGCAGCAGGCACUCUGCCCGGGCUGGGUGGUGGCCUGCCUGGGUCCCAUGGCCGUCCUCCUGCACUCAGCGGCUUUCCAUCUGCUCUGGACGCCAUGUCUGGGCCACGUGGCCUGCCUCGGCCCCUGCCUCCGGCCCCCCUGCUGGGCUGGGGAUGCUUCUGCGCCUCCCUGGCAUGAACCAGCCCCUUGCUGGCUCCUCUACCUGGACCCCGGGCUCGCCCUGGUGGUAGCCAUGGCCCUCCUGGCGUUGGCCCUGCCCGCCUUACACCGCUCUGCCCUGGUGCUCCUGCAGGCUGUCCCGGAGGCCUUGGACCUGCAGCUGCUGGCGUGGCGCCUGCAGGCCACGGAAGGGGUGGCCGCCCUGCAGGAGCUCCACGUGUGGCAGCUGGACGGCCCCAGGAGCUUGGUGGCCACGGCCCACGUCCACUGCCUCAACGUCGGCUCCUGCGAGGCCGUCCUGGAGCGGGUCCGGCUAGUGUUCUGCCAGCAUGGGAUCCACCGCACCACCGUCCAGCCGGAGCUCAGCGCUGGCCGGGCCAGGGAGCGCCGCGGUCCCAAAGGGGGUCCCGUGGCUCCGUGGAAGGGGGACGCAGCCCCCAGCCUGGCCGUGGUCAUGGAGUACGAGACCACUGUGUGAGCAGGGCUGCUCCCCUCUGGGACACCAGGAAUGGGGAUGCCAGUGUCUAAGGACAGCCCUGCGGCUGGAUCCAGCCCAAGGCCCCUCUAGGCCAGGGUCCUGCCUCAUGCAGCCACCAUCAACCAGGUGCACCUGGGAAGCCCAAAAGCUGGCGGGCAGGGUGGGGGGGGAAGAGGGCAGCCCCCCUCCUGCUGGUGUCACCAGCACCGGGUGUUCAGGGGGCUGCUCCUGCCCCCCUGAUCCCAAGAGAAGUCGACAGCGCCGAAGGCCAGUAGCCGUUGCUCGCCCUCUUCCCCAUGCAAGCAACCUGGCAGAUCGUUGUGGCCGGAGAGAAGGAAUAUCUCCAGGAGCAGCACCAGUCAGCAGGGGCAAGACCCCCACCACCACCACCACACACACACACAGGUCCUCUAAUGAAUGAGUUUAGGGGAUCAUAGAGGCUCCCUUUAAAAAAAAAAUCCCCACAACCACCCUGUGAGGUAGGCAGGAUGACCAACCUGCCAGGAUGUUAGUGAGCUCAGGGUACAUGUAGACAGAUGAUGAAUAAAAUAAAGGAAUAAUAAAAUAAAAUAAAAAUAAUAAUAAACGAAUAAUAAUAAAAUUAUUAAUUAAUUAAUUAAAAGAAAAAGAAAGCCCCCCCCCGAGGCUGCUAAACAUGGAUGUGCUUCAAGUUACCAGCAGGGUCCAGCAAGGUGGCUGGUCUGGGCAAGGAUGAGUUCCCUUGACCCCAGCAGGAAAGCACACGGACACGGAGUCUGGCCUGUAGCUGUGCUGCAGUCCUGCAUAAGCAUCGGGGCGGGUGGGGCAGGAGAAGGUGCAGGGGGGUCUAAGCUGGGCACAAGGUCCGGCUUUCUGGGCCUCUCGGCUUCCCUUACAGGCUGUGUCCUCACAAGGAGAAGGGCCCGUCGUUCAGGAGUUGGGGUGACGGAGCCCAGCAAGCUCCUGCAGAGCAUGGCAUGAACACCCGAGAACUCCGGGUGCUCCUGGCCUUGCUGUCGCUCCUGGUGAAAUGAACCGCUGUGGUCUGACCAGCCUCGCCUGGAAGUCCUGCAGGAGCACGUGCAGCUCUGAGGUCACAGGGAACUCUGAACACACAGGACACGGCCAAAGCAAAUAGCGGGUUUCUAGUCCAUAAGCCUGGGGAGACGUGCUGGGAAGCCACGCCGAGUAAAGCCAGGCAUGCGACUUGGUCUGCUUUUGGUUUCCUACAGAGUAGCUGGGGAUGGGAGGCGGGUGGGGUGGGGGGCUAAUCGGAAUGGGGACCGUGGGGAGUGUGUGUGGUGGGGGUCUUCCAUCCAUUGCUCCUGGCUGUGGCCCCAGUCCAGCUCAGCCUCUGCCCCACGGCUGCCAUUUGGCCCCGAGGGGAAUCGGCUCGGGCGCCCCAGGGCCAAGAGGAGGCCAGGAGACAGUGGGCUCCCGCUCACGGCCUGAAGAAGUGAAAUAAGCCGCCUGGGAAGCAAAAGGCACCGGAUAUCAGGCGCUUGUAUUGUUGCCAGUUGCAGGGGGGGAGGAUCCAGGGAGGGGGGGGCAGCAGCAGGUGCCUCAGGGGCCGCCCAGGGAGACUGCUCCUCCUUUGCGGACGACUCCAUCAUGAUCUGCCCCCGAUCCACAUCCUGCAGGAGAAAGGACAGGGCCAGGGUCCCGUCAGCACUUGGGGGGCCAGGACCCCAGAGUGGACAGCACCUCGAGCUAAAGUGGGCCACAGGGGUGGAGCCCUCCCCUCUCCCCUCCCUUGGCCGGGGUUCUUCCUGAAGAGGGCCCUGGUGGCUCAGAGGCAGAGGGGCCGCUGCUUGGCCUGCCAGAGGGCCCUGGUUCAGUCCCUGGCGGCAGCCGCAUCUCCAGGGAGGGGGGCAGGGGGCGCGGGGGCUGGUCUAAGACCCAGGAGAGCUGCUGCCAGUGUGUGCAGACAACAGGGAGCGAGACGAACCAAGGGCCAGACUCAGGAGAAGGCAGCUUCCUACGUGACGGAGUUCCAAAGUGAGGGUCUGUGUGGGGUUUGCAUCUCAUCACCUUAGCAGCGAAAGGGGCUUCUGCACCCCCCCCCCAGCGGGAAUGCCUCUUCCAAGGGGGGCCCACUCCCCAGUACCUGGAUCUCCCGACACUCAUCGCCUUCAGGGUUUGCCCGGCGGCUUGUCCUCUGGGGGGCCCUUGGGGGCCGCUCUUCCUUCCACCUCCAGCUUGGGUUCCCCUUCCGGCUCCACCUUGGACUUCCCGAUGCUCCGCUUCCUCGCCACCUUGGCCGACGCCUUCCGCUGCGGCUCCCGCUCCGCCAUGGACUUCCCCCCGCUUGGUUUCCUCACCACCUUUGCCGAUGGCUUCCCUUCCAGCUCCUGCUCCACCGUUGCUUUGCCCACGCUGGCCUUCUUGGCCACCUUGGCCGACGCCUUCCGCUCCAGCUCCCGCUCUGCCGGGGAUUUUACGGCACUGGGUGCG